CAGGAAAUGAUUAGGAAAAAAUGACAACCACUCAAAACUUUUUGUUGCUUUUGACCAUAGCCAGUUUUCACAGCGUGACAAAGGCUAGUUUUAUUUCAUCGAAUACGAAAGGUCUUCUAGCAGCGCUAGGUGAUUUCAACAACGACAAAUACACUGACAUAGUUUCGAUUGAUAAAAAUGGAACUGCUUCAAUCUGGUUCUACAAGAAGAAAGACAGCGAUGGAUCCCGCGUCUCUCGUGACUCGAUUAUGAAAUUGUCGCUAAAAACAGACGAACAGGCGGUCGGUGCAAUUCCUGGUGAUUUCAACGCCGAUAAUACCCUUGACCUGGCAGUUCUGGUUGAAAAUACAAAAGAUGAUCGGAUGUAUGAACUGAAAAUGUUCUACCAUGAUGUCCAGAACUCAAAAGAACUGGAAGCUUUCUCAUACGGCAACGGUUCAUCGCCGAUUGUUUUCAAUGGCCAGCCUCUGGUUUUGGACGUGAAUGGAGACCAGGUUCCGGAUUUCUUAGGCAAUGUGGAAGGCGGCUUUAAUUUAGUUCAUACCAUUGACGUGGGAAAUAUCAAAGCAUAUCAACCAAGUCCUUUCAAAGACAAGAGUGGAAACGUCAUCUCAGGAAAGUACAACCAAAACUGUGGACACUCAUUUGCCCAUGUUGUGGGAGACGAUCAACCUGAUAUUAUUCUGUGCUCCGAAACAACACUUGAAAUAUUCGAGGGAGACCGAGGACAGUACGAGAGCAGAGCAGAAAUCCCCUUUCCAGAAGGCAAGUCAGUCCAUGGAACUCCUAUCGUGGUUGAUGUUGAUUUAGACGGUAAACAGGAGAUUGUGCUCCCAGUAUGUACUGACGAUAAAUGCGAAGAGUCUGAAAUUUAUUACUAUGAUGUAGAAGAGGUCAGUGGUAACUAUUCUGAGAACAACUGGAAACUUUUUCACUCUUUCAAACCAGAGUCCAAGAGCUUCAUGCUCCAAGGAGUGGGAGAUACAAAAAUAGUGACGAAUAAUUUGAUUCUGAAAGCGGGGGAUGUUGAUUUCGAUGGGUAUCCUGACUUUCUGGUAGUCUUGAAGUCGUCCGAUAAACCGAAGCUGUUCUUGCUCCAAAAUAUAAAAUGUGUCGGGAAAGAUGAGUGCAACGGGGCCAGAGGACUUUUCACGCGGGAUCUCAAUUUAGGAGAUGUCGAGACGGCUACGUUCUUUGACUAUAAGGAAGAUGGAGGGAAUAAUUUGAUCUACUCGUACUACAAAAAUGGAGAGUACUUUAUGGAGAAUAAAGAUAUAAGUGACAAGGGGGAUUCUGCGUUUUUGAAGGUCAUGGUUAUCGGAGGCCAUUGUGGACCAGGAGGAAGUGGAGCCGAGGAUUGUAAAUUUGGAGAAGAUGUGAACUACGGGGCUAAUUUGCCCGGACCAACUAUCAGGUACGAAACCCAUGGAUCUGAUGGCAAGUCUCGUAAAUCAGUGUGGACUCAACUAUCUCAAUCAACCCAUCAAGCCCUCCAGUCGCCUUCAGUCAUUUUUGGACUGGGACAAGUUCCCAACUUCGUUGAAAAACUAACUAUAACACUAGCCACCAGAGAGGGAGGGAAAGUGGCGGAAGCGUCGAUGGAAAACGUGAUUCCUAACUCACAGCUCAUUUUGAUUCCAUAUCCUCCAGACAAGCCUUCGAAAUGGACGUUCCAGUUGCUGCUCACUCCCAGUGACAUCAUCUGGAAGUUCGCAAUUGCCUUGUUCAGUGUGGUUGUGGUGCUUGGCAUAAUUGUUCUCAUACUGCAGUAUCAAGAGAAACGAGAAGACGAUGCAGAAAAACGCGAAGAGGCGCAUAAGUUCCACUUUGACGCCAUGUGAAAAAUGAUGACAAGGACUCAGUUUAUAUUUAGGUCUACUGCUUUUUUUCUGCUUAAGUUGUAGCAGGGCAAUGAAUAGUGAAUAGGAGUUGCAUAAAUUUGAAAACAAUAACCGAUAGCUGUGCAAACUUGCAGGGCACCGAAUAUUUUGAUCACUUCUGUAAAAAAUUCGGACGAAAAAAAAAUUAAGACGUUUUUGUGCGAUUUCAUUUCUUAACACUUCGUAAAUGCGCCAAUUGGCUGUUUUAUUUGGUACCUGCGUUAUAGCGUUGAAAGAAAAGCAACCACACAAAAAUCUUACCUUCGGUACACGUGUUAAUGGUCUUGGCAGGGCGACCAUUCGUAACAGGCGACGAUUCGUAAGAAGCGACAAUUGGUAACAAGGCAUUGGCAAGUAGAAAGUAGAGUACGCUUGCUCCGCUGCGCUUUUAUCCAGCAAGAGGAAAACUGCGCGUGAAUCAGUGAUCAUCGGUAUAUCUUCUGUUACGAGUUAUCGAUUGUAACGAAUUGUCGCCUGCCACGAAUUUUCCACUCACGAACGGUCUUGUGGUUAUUUUAAUUAUACGAACCAAAAUAUUUUUUGAAGAGGGUUGUGCGCUCGGCGUGUUCCACGUUUUGCAAGAUAAACUUAGCAGUGGGCCUUGAAUAGCUUGUGUUGAAUUGGUGCUUGGAUCAAUCGAAUUUAUUAAAAUAACUGCUGUUUUUCUGGGAACUAUUAGUAUGUAUAUCAUAGCGUUUUAAAUUCUCUCGAAAUCAUAAUGUUAAGCAUGUACAUACAGUUGAAGUUAGUUUAAUAAAAAAAAUCUUAAUCUUGUUA